AUUUACUAUAAGGAAACUUGCGCAGCUUUCACUAAACACAUGGCUGGUUGAGGAAACAUAUUUUGUAAAUCAAGAAAACAAGACCGAUGUAGCUACGUUUUCAAACUUUAGAUAAGAUGUCCCAGCAACAGCAAAGAGUGGUGUCUUUGUUGCAGCAAGCUUGCUCUCUUUUGGGAGAAUUGCAAACAACACAACCAGCACAGCAAUCAAUUCAUAAAGUAGUAAUAGUAGUUAUACAGCUUCUACGUGUGCUAGGCCAACUGUUCGGCAGCUUUUCGCACCGUACAGGACUAAUGGACCUGCAAGGCGACGGAUGCAGCAUCCGUCACCAAGUGAUGAGUUUACCACAUGGACUCAUAGGUUUUUCUGCCUUUCAAGGAUAGAUCAGGAUGGGACUCCAUCUCGGGAAAAAAAGGGUGCUUCAGGAGGCGGGGCUAGGGGAAAUUAAAAUCACAAUUCCAAAAACCAACUCCUUCAUUGACCUAAGACAAAAACUGUCAGAGUUCUUUCCCAAAUUAAAAGAGGCUGGAGGAUUUCAACUGCUAAGAUCUGCAGUUGGGUCCAGAAAUUUGCUGGAAGUGAUCCGUUUGCCACCAGAAGGCUACACAACACAGUAUUUAGCUGACAGAUGUGGCCUUGGACAGGCCAUGAUAUAUGUCCGACAAUUACAGACAUGUCUGUCUGUAAGUCCUGUGAAAAGUCAGAGUGGAACGGAGGUUUUUCAUGAGAAGUGCCUAAAGUGUGGAAAUGAAGCAUAUAGAAGUCUGCGGAAAUUCUGAUUCGGUAAGAAAAGAUGUUCGUUCCUGUCCAGUUUGUGGAAUGUCUGUUCCAGCAGUUGAUAUUGAGCUCCAUGCAGAUCAGUGUUGUGAAAAUGAUCAACUCGAAGGCUUUAAGACAGGGCCCGUAAAACACAAGUCUCUAGAGGAGACGGUUACAGAGAUUCGGGGUAAGCGGAAAAUAAAAAAUGGACACUGUCUAUAAGGCGCACCAAAAUCAUAGAAACAACAAUGGAAAUGAUGGCAGAUGCAGAUGAACAGGAUUUGGCGUCAGAGCUUAUGGUCAAGUUCAUAGGGGAAGACGGGGUGGAUGCUGGUGGUCUUCGAAGAGAGCUCUUUAGUCUUGUGUUUGAAAAAACUCCUCUCUUAGACAGAAAUACAUUUUCCAAUGAAGCAUGUUCACUUCAACAUGGAGAAUAUAUUAUUCUUGGAAAGCUUGUGUCUUUAACAUUUAUCUAUGGGCACCCUGGAUUAAAGACAUUGCAUCAAACUAUCAUAAAAUACAUAUUGAAUGAAAAAACGCCAACUACAGAAAUCCCUUUAGCAGAUGUUCAAAAUGCCACUGUACUGAGGGCUAUAGAUACAAUCCAGAAAGCAUCAUCUAAGGAGGAGUAUAUGGAGGCAGCCAUAGAAACAAGUGAUUUGUUAGAAAGAUCAGGCUUCAACAAACCUCUUACACAAGAUUCCUCUCAAUCAGCAGUCUACACAGUUAAAGAGUACCACAUUUUCUACAGGUGCUUUGGCCAUAUUAGACAGUUCAUGGAUGGGCUGAAACUGCAUGGAGUUCUGGAUAUAAUGAUACUUCAUCACCAGGAGGCAACACAGUUUCUGGGCGAAGCUACAGCUUUAACUGCAGAAGUGGUGAAUAACUUUUACAGUUUCAGCUUUUCUGACAAAGGGGAUCCAAACUGGGAAACGGAAGAGGCAAUUGAAUACAACUUUCGCUGUUUCAUAUGUCAAGUUAAGAAAGGCCGGAUCAGCUCAACUGUAAUAAACAUUUCCACAGAAACUGCUGAGGAAGACAGCAUUCAAGUUACCCUUGAGCUGGUGUUGCAAGCCUUUGUUGGUUGUCCAGGAUUACCAAAAGACAUUCCAUCUGGACUAAUCGAGUUCAAUCAUAACAGUUCAGCUUUGAGCCAUGUCAACACUUGUGCCCCUAGUAUAACAUUUCAAAAUACAUCAAAACUCCUAAAAUUUGAAGAUUUUGAGCGGACAAUGCUGGAUAUCAUUUUUGGAUGUGAAGGCUUUGGCCAAAAGUAGUGAUCAACUAUUAAAGUUAAUUGUUACUGAACCAGAAGUAUUUUUAUGUUAUCGAAGUAAGAGCAUUUAGUCUCCGCUUCGUCUGUCUGUCCUUUAAAACUACUGAUGGUGAUUGAAUUAAAACUUGAUACAUAGAAAGAUGACAAUGAGAGGAAGAGCACUGCACAAGAACCAUAAUCCUAUCAUGCAUAUAUGUAUUAAGUUAUCUCCACUUAACAAUUUCUUUCAUAAUUGGUGCUUGUUUGGGCCUUACCAUUGAAAAAAGUUUAGGUUAUUGAAAUAAAACUUGAAAUAUAGACAGAUGGCAGGAAAGGCAGUA